UCAUACAUAACAAUGCCAAGCAAGAAGAACACCGAAGGAGCCCCAGUUGCUGCCGCCGCAAAGAAGACCGCUGCCGAGACUAAGGCCACCACCCCUAAGGUUGCCAAGACCAAGACUGCCUCUGCUGAUGGAGAGAAGAAGAAGAAGAAGAAGAAGUCUGACUACUCCUCCUUCUCGACCUACAUCCACAAGAUCCUAAAAACCUUGACCCAGAACUCUGUCUCUGGUGGCACCGAGAAGAAGAUCACCAUGUCUGCCAAGUCGAUGGCCGUCAUGAACUCUUUCGUCUACGAUAUCUUUGAGAGAAUCGCCACUGAGGCUGGUCUGCUUGCCAGAAAGAAGAAGAGAAUGACUCUCCACUCUCGUGACAUCCAGGUCGCCGUCCGUAUCAUCUUGACUGGUGAGCUCGCCAAACACGCCAUCGUCCAGGGUAUGACCGCUGUCUCCAAGUACAACCCAGCUGCCAACGAGUCAAUGACCUCCACC